UCAGAGUCAAAUAUUGAACUUGAGGUGUUAAUAGAGUAUAACAGUACAGAAGAUUUUUCUAAAACAGAUAGAAAGCUACCAAAAAAAAUUCUUAAAGAAAUUCAUUUCUUGACUGUUGUGGCAAAAGCAAAUGCAACAAUACAAUAUCAAAUAAUUCAGAAGAAAUACAAAACUAGGAUACAUAGACCAGACCUCUAUAAUGCCAUUAGUAGAUUUCAUUAUAAUUCUGAACUAGAGAAAAAUGAUACAAGGUUAUUGUUAAAAAGAUUGUAUAAGAAAAAAAUUAAAGAUCCUCAUUAG